CAAGCUAAAAUAUACCGAUCUCUCCCCUACAUCCCGUCACUUACACCAAAAAUCAUCCAGAUACUACGACACGACUAUCCCUCCGUAAUAAUAUGCCCACGGAGCGUGCACACGAUAAGGGAUCUCUACACACGCAUUAAGGACCCGAUACCCAUGGAUCAUCACCAUAACGUGGUGUAUCGAAUACAGUGCGGAAACUGCGACAAAUGCUACAUCGGUAUGACCGGCAACCUGCUGAAGAAGAGAUUGUCGGGCCAUCGGAGCAAUCUCAACCAACUGGAGAACCUAUUAGAGUCAGGCCGUACAUAUGCAGAUGAACCAGUGAGAGCACUCAGAGAAAAAACAGCUCUCUUGGCCCACUGCAUCGACCACGACCAUAGGUUCAUCUACGAGACAACACGAAUAGUCGAUCGGACGUACAAGAGAAACAUUCUCCCGAUUCUAGAGAUGAUACACAUAAGCAACGACAACGAUUCCAUCAACAAACGAACAGAUACAGAUAGACUUAGCAGUACGCUCUCUGGACUAAUACACAGAAUUAACACAGUCAUGACAAAAAACACUAAUGGACAAAAUAACAGAAACACCAACCACCCAUCCGACCCCACCUAAACCAUAACACAGAUCAGUUACCAAACAGUCUACCGAAGCAGUGAGUGAACUUGAACUUCAACGGUAAUUUUCUCGUUUUUGAUUAGUACAUUUUUUGACUAUAUUACUCAACAUAAUUAAAUUUUCAAACAAUAGUGAUGCGACGAACAAAAAUAGGACAAUUUUAUGUAGAAAUUAAACAGACAAUGACAAAAAACAGAACUCUAUGAUCCCAAGAAGAAGGCAAAAUACAUUGCGCCGAAACGUCGGAAAAUAGAUAACCUCUGUUUCCUUUUGAUUUGAGGGACUGCAAGCCAAACCAUAUUUGAUAGAAACUUAAACUUAUGCAUCUAUGCGUUAUUGUUGAACGCAAGAGCGACGCAUAUUACAGUUCUAGUACCCGAAUCGACGUUUUCAGGAAUUACACACUUCCUGUAAUAGUCAGUCUUCCGGAACAUGGUUUCGAUAUCUUGACAGAAAGAAGGAUAUGUUUCCUUCCCUCCGGAAGGCAUUUUUCUCCACGAAUAUUUUCUAAGUUUCCUUCGAGUAUACCUUCAUAGAUUCCCGUAGAAGUUUCUUUCAUGAUACUUUUGGGAAAUCUCAUGCAACUUGUCUAUGCAAUCACCUGAAACUUCCUCAAAACUUAAAAGGGUUCAUUCUUUGUGGAAUUCCUCUAGGUACAGUUUGACAAAGUUUCGGACCCCUGGGAUUUCUUCAAAAGAUCUCGAAUAAACCCAGAUGUCCCCUUUUCUAGAUUUUUUUCGGGAGUUCUAUCAGGAAUUCCACCCGGAAAUUUAAUUCUGAGUUGAUUUUCUGUUGAAUUUCUGUGAGCAUUUCAAGCAGAACUUUUACUGAUAUUUCUGAAAAAAUGAAAAAAAAACUCCAGAAUUUUUAAAAGUGUUCUUGAUUUUUUUUCUUUCGAUAUGUAUUCCAAGUCAAGUCUUUCCUAACUCUUGGGAGUUUAGUUAAAUAAUGUUUUUGAAAUUUCAAAAAAUCUUCCAUGAAUAUUUAAAAAAUAAUAACCUUUCUGAACUUAUAAAAAAUAUUUAGAAUGUUUUUUUUAGAAAUUCAGCCCUUUGCCGGAACUUCUGCUUAAAGAGCAAUGGAUUGCUUAGCAAAUAUCAUUCUUAAGAACAGAAUGAACGACUUCUAAACAUUCCUUCAGAGAAACAUAUCUAUGAAAAGUUUUCAGGAAGAGUUUGAAAUUUCCCCAAUUUGACAAUUUCCAGUUCUUUUUAUUCUUUUAGAAGCUUUUUUUCUGAAAUACACUGAAACUUUAUUCACGCUUACUUCGGUUUUUUUUUCUUUGGAACUGCGACCGACAUUUCGAGUGUAUUCUACGGAUAUUCUUCAGUUAUUCUAUUCUCGAAAAUUCUUCCAAGAAUUGUACUAUUUUUAAAUUUCUUUUCAGAUAUUCCACAAUUUUAGCAAAAAAUCUUCCAAUAAUUGCCAAAUUAUUAUUUCUAGGGAGUCUUUAGAGAACACUGAUAGUGUCUGGGUUCGAUUCUCGGUCCGUCCAAGAUUUUUUCGUAAGGCUUCAUGGCCGUGUGGCUAGUAUCACUAAGCGUGCUGGGGAGCACGGGUUCCAUUCCCGCCGUAGCUGUCAGGAAAUGUUUUCGACUGUGCCGCACCGUGUUUUUUUUAAUGCAUAACAUUUUAUUACCAAUUUUUAACAUUUUCCUGCACCCUGUAGCAUAUUUCACCAUAUUUAAUACAUAACUCGUUACGUAUUAAAAAAUCCAUUCCUCUCACAUGUAGUGAUCUUCGCAAAAAAAAAAAAACGGAAGAAUCAAUGACAGACUCCCGGGAGGAUUCAAAGAAGGAAAUGUGAAGGGAAUUUCUGGAGCAUUCCCGAAACGAAUCCAUGGAGAAAGUUCGGGAUCUGAAUCUGGCAUAUAUGAAGGAAUCCCUAAACAAUCCUGGAGAAAUUUCCGAAAGAAUUUCAUAAGGAGUUCCAUUGAAUUCCGUGGAGGUAUCCCUGAAGAAAGCACGGAAGGGAUCUGUGAAAAAACCCCUAGAGGAAUCCCUUAAGGAAUCAUUUACGACAUGAAUCCUAAGAGGAACUAAUAUACGAAUCCCGAGAGAAAUCCCUAGAGGAAUUCCUAGAGGAAUCCCUAAAGAAAUCUUUGCAGGAGUUCCAGAAGGAAUCCUUGGAGAAAUUUCAGGAGGAAUCCCUGAACAAAUCCUAGGAGAAUUUCCGAAACGAAUUCCGAGAAGAAUCUCUGGAGGAGUUUCUGAAGAAAUCACAGGUGAAAUCUCUAAAAGAGUCCCGGAAGAAAUGAGAGGAUCCCUGAAAGAAUAAUUAAAAGGAUGAAUUCUGAGGAAAUACCGUGAUAAAUAAGAAGGAACACGAGACAAAUUCUUAAAUACCUGAAAGAAUACCGGUAAUAAUCCCUGGAGAAAUCAAUAAAAGAACCUCAAAACGCAUUUUAGAUAACAUUCUAAGAGGAAACCCGAUAAGAAUUCUUCAAGGAGUGCGUGAACGAAAUUUGGAAGGAAUCUCUAAAGAAAAACUGAGAGAAAUCAACGAAAAAAUCCCUGAAGGUAUUCCAGAAAAAAAACUCCUGAAAAAAUCACGGGAAGAAUCAAUACUGGAAUCCCAAAUACUGAUACCGGUAAAUAUUUCUGAAGGAAUCCAAGAAUUCAAUGAAGUAAUCCUGCGGAAAUUGCUUGAGAAAUCAGUGGAUUCCUGCCGGCAUUUCUGAAAAAAAUAUUGAAGAAAGUCCAGCAAAAUCCCUAAAGGAAUUCCGGGAUACAUCAAAGUCCCAGGUAUUUCUGAAAGAAACCCGGGAAAAUCUUUAAAGGAGUCCCGGGAAAAACUAUGAAAAAAUCCCGGGAUAAAUCAGUGAAUGAGUGCCUGGUGGAAUCCCUAAUGGAAUGCUACGAAACAUCUGUGCAGGAUUCUUAAAAUAAUCCCUAAGAAAUCCCGGGAAACAUCCGUGGUAGAAUCCCGGAAAGGAUAUCUGAAAGAAUCCCAGGGUAAAUCCCUGGAAAUAUCCAGGAAAAGAAUGUCGAACGAAAUCCCGGGAAGUAUCCUUGAAAGAACCCCUGAAUGAUUCCUAGGAGGAGUCCCUAUAUGAACCCGAUGAAAAUCAAUGAAGAAAUAUAGGAAGUUAACGAUGCGAUGAAGAAUUCUGGGAGGAAUUGUUAAAGGAGGAAUUCCGAGAGAAAAACCUAGAAUUCUGCAGCAAUCCUUGAUGGAAUCGCGGCAAUAAUUCGUAAAAGCACCCGGAAGGAAAUCCAGGAGAUAUUCCUUUUAAAAUCUAGGGAGGAGUAAUUGAAGAAAUCCCGGGGCUGACAAAAUGCCGGAAAAUAUCCCUGAAGAAAUUUUCUGGCAGGAAUCCAAGAAUAAAUCAGUGAAAGAAUCCCUGGAGAAAUUCCUAAAGAAAUUCCAGAAAACAAACCUUUGUAAAUGUUUGACAACAUCCCGGAAGAAAUUUUUGAUGGAUUCCAAGGGUAAAUUUCUGGAGCAAACCCAGAAAAGACCAAUUCCUUCUGAAAGGAAUUUCUAAGAAAUCUUUGAAGGAAUUCCAAGAAAUUCUGGAACAAAUCCCUACAACGAUCUCGGGAGAAAUCAAUGAAGAAAUUACUCGAAAAAAUAAACCUUGAUGAAUCCCAGCAACAAUCUCGGGAGGAAUUGGAAUUCUCGAAGGAAUCCUGGGACAAGUCUACAGGAUUCUUGGGAUUAAACCUGGUAGGAAUUUGGUGAAAAAUCCAUGGAGGCUUUGUAUGUAGACCAAAAUAUCCGUGAUGUAAUUUACAUGCGUUCGGUAAUCUUCAACUGGAUAUCUUUUCGGUAUAUGGUUAUUGAUGUUUGGCCAUUUAACCUAAUGCAGUUUGGGCCCAUAUAGCCGAGGCGGUAAACGCACGGGUAUUCAGCAUGACCAUGCUGAGGGUGACGGGUUCGAUUCCCGGUCGGUCCAGGAUCUUUUCGUAAAGGAAAUUUCCUUGACUUCCUUGGGCAUAGAGUAUCUUCGUGCCUGCCACACGAUAUACACAUGCAAAAUGGUCAUUGGCAGAGGAAGCUCUCAGUUAAUAACUGUGGAAGUGCUCAUAGAACACUAAGCUGAGAAGCAGGCUUUGUCCCAGUGAGGACGUUACGCCAAGAAGAAGAGAAGAGGAGGAGAGUUUGGCCGAAUGUCUUUUUAGGCCGAAUGCCAUCUGGCCGAAAGGGUCGUUUGGCCGAAUUAUGAAUCAAAAGAACUUAGAGGCGUGGACAAAUUCUGGCUAACAUCAUAGUUGCCAAUAAGUAUGAUCAUCAGACAUAUUUCCUUCUUUUAAUGAUAGGCUAUUACCAACCAUUAAGAGAAGAGUUGGCAUUAAAACUGUGAUUUUUUUGUCAGAGAUUUUUCCUUUUUUGAAUCAUAAGUUAGAUUGAUAUAAGAAACAGUGGCAUGACCACUUAAGUUCAUCAUUCCAUUUUCGGCCAAACGGCGUUCGGCCGAAUGGCCAGGAACCAUGUUUUUUAUACUUGGUCGGAUCUAUUGGAGACAUCAUCUUUACAUCUCUUUAUUGAGUGGAGAUACUAGCAACAGUAGUUACCAAAACGCUUUAGAAAUAUGUAUUACCUCAAAAAUUUCAAGAAACUGUGUCAAAAUGUCCGUCAGAAAUAGUUCCAGAAAAUCGCUUCCAAGAUUUUCUCCAUCUCCAUCUUACGUCUUAUGUUUAUUUGAUGAUCAGAGAAAUUUUCAUUAAAUUCUUACGCGAAUUCUCUGCACAGAUUUCGACAGAAAUAAGCCUGAAAUUCUAGAAAAAUCUUCAAUUUACUCUAUAUUACUUUUUAUUCUCUAUCAAAAACGAUUACGCUAGACAUUUUACCAGAACUUUUGGCGACUAUGUGCUUAAUUCCUAUUUGAAUAACUCAAGGAAGCUUUCCAGAAUGUUGUCUUGAUUGAUUCUAUAUUAGAUUCGAAUUGCAAACCAUCCAGGAGUUCUAUCAAAAAUUUAUUUGGAAUUUGUUUUUUGAUCGAAGUGUCUUUCUCAAUUCAUACAGAUUUUCGCUAGAAAUAAGCAGAGAGUAAUGCCUUACAUCUACACAGAACAACAAGUGCCUUAUGAUUGGUUCAUGGAGGCGGUGUGUGUUUCCAAAUAUGUGAAACUGUGAUGCUACAGCUAUUGAGUUCGAUUGAUCUGUUAGGUUUUUCAUAAACUCCUAAUCAUACAGUAGUUUCUUGAGAUAUGUUGGUAGAUUUUAGGGUCCAAGAGCUUCACUUUUUGAACGGCAGAUCCAGAGAUUUAUGUCGGUCCAGUUUUGGCAUCGCAUUGGAUGUACAAGAUUGAAGGUAUCAAGUAUCAUCGAUGUUGUGUCUCAUCCAUGAACUCCCUGGUGUAUGAAUUUUGAGAUCCAGAGACGUAGACAACGACUUAUUGGUAGUUUAUGGAUACAGUGGAUAUUCCUAGAACUACAUAUAUCGAAAUCAAAGAUAUACUCUGUUAGCCGUGAUUUUUUUUUAAUCCAGGGCUCAGCGCAUGGGUUAUGUUGGAAAUUAAUUUGAAAAGUUUUAUAAUCUCUUAUGCUUUUUUCUUUUCUGGUCUUGGUGGCUUACGAGCCUGAUGGUAGGGCCAGCUACCAUGAAUAUAUGCCCUUUCGUAAUCCCUAGAGUUUCAUAGAACUGGUAUACAUAAGAUAUUAAAAUUCUCACCCGGAAAAACUUCCAAACUGACAAACGUGUCCAAUUGACCCUCAAAGAAGAUUCUACGUGCCUCGAACACUCGAACCAUCUUCCCUUCAUAGCCAACCAUAAAAAAACAUCCUCCUAUUGUACCACACAGCCGACGACACUGCGACUUUUGAGAGGCAUUAAUCUUAAUUACCUGCCGGCAGAUUGCUUGUCCCGCCCUAAUCCCGACGCCGACCACCGACCGUUUACUUCUCGGGAUUUCCGAUUCUGCCAAGCUCUUUUCGCCUCACUAUUGACUGCGGUAAAAAAAGGCAGGCCAUCGGCGAUUACCUAGCUUCGGCGCUAGGAAAGCGGAGCGAGAAUUUUCAACCUGACCGAAAGAACGCCGAAAUUUAUGCGGCGUCCACUUGUGCCUUGUUCCAGCAGCACAUAACAACUUGUAAUUAGGACGGGAAAUGAGCACCACCGCCGUCGCAGUUUGAGCUCGGCGUAGAAGACAUCACCACCGGAGGUAUUAUCACAUCCAAAAAAUUGACCUCAAUUGCCUGCCUGCCUGCCAUGAAAGCAAGGGCGGCAAGCUUCAGAAAGAAGCGGUCCGGUACCGGUUCGGUCCGGUGACCGUUUCCGUCCGCCCGGUGAUGGGCCAUUGUUGCACAAUACCUGGUGGUCUACGUCGUCGGUCGUUCGGUCAAUCGGUCGUAGUGCCCUGCCCCUCAGCGAAUUAAUUAAAACCGGAAUCGUAAAAACUAGAGAAACUGGUCCACUCUGGAAGUGAACAAACGAGCUUCCCGCGUUUCCUUCGCCGUCAUCAUUGUCGUCAUCAUUGGUUUCAUCACCCAUAGGGGGAAGGGCCAGGUAACAAGCUGUUAGCUACCAAUAUGUAGUCCAUUUUACGAGCCGAUUUUAUGAAUGAAGCUUUGACAGGUGGUGGCGCUGCAACACGUGAAUAUCAGAACCAACAUUGUUGUUGUUCCGUAAAAUGGCUCAUUUGUAAUUCACUUUUCUCCUUCUUGACGUUAUGUCCCGAAGGGAUCAAGUCCUGCAUUUCAGCUCAGUAUUCUAUGAGAACUUUCACAGUUAUUAACUGAGCGUUGCUCUGCCAAUGACCAUUUUGCAUGUGUAUAUUGUGAGACAGGCACGAAGAUACUCUAUGCCCAGGGAAGUCGAAGGUCUUGAAUGGCUAGCAGCUCGUAGGCAUCGUUCCAUUUUUGUCAGUUUUCUAAGCACGAUUGCCGACAACUCUAAAUAUUAAUCGGCCUAAAAGCUACAAAUUUCAAUCACUAACCACUACUCAUCAUUUCGGACAACUUCCGAGAGUCUCCACUAACGGCAUCGAUUCACCAGGAAAUCAUUCUGCUAUCGAUCGACUCACUAUGUGCCAGCAAGCACUUUCGUGUGCGAUGAUGAUACACCUUCAGCUAUCCUCGGGACUCACCCGUAGCAAAGCGGACGGACAGACGGACGCUGGACUUCCUACACAUCACGGGAGGGCAGAAUUUCCAUAAAACGGCCUUAGCUCGUUGGUUGGUGCACUCCCCGGAGGAAAACCCGGCAACAACAGCGAGCUUGAGUUAAUUUGCAAUUAAUACCUUCCUUUCACUCGGCUGCUAGAGUCACCACAACCAUUCAUUUUUCGCUCAGAAGCCCAGAAGCAUGAAUCGGAAAAUUGCCCAAGCGGCCACCACGAAUCCGCAUACCGCACAACCGCGCACACACAUGACUUGAUAUGUACCUACCUACUUACAAAAUCUCCAUUAGCCGAAACUCCCACGAGCAAUGGCCGCGGCCAUCGCCGUCGUCGUCGUCGUCGGCAUCAUCAUAAUAUUGUACUCAGCAGUGGCGGAGGCAGUGCGGUUGCGGAUACGGAUUUAGCGGUUUUGUACCGCACAAUCAUCGCCAUCACUGCUCUGUUGACUGACGUCGUAGUCGACGUCGAAAUGAACUCGUGUGGUUGGCACGCAAAACAACAAAUUUCCUAGAUGUUUUUGGUGGGCACUUACAGAGCUAGCUAGUCGGUUAAAAGUGGUUAGUGGUGGCGCAAGUAAUUGUCUACACUCGAAACGUGUGUAAUUCUGGGGAGGAGGAAAUUAUGAGCCAGAAUGGCACAAUCUUGAUUGCCGUUUUGUUUAAAAAAGCUGAUAUUAUCACUUGAUGGCUUCUUGAGAAUUUAAGAUUUUUUUCACUCUAUAGUUAACAAUGAAGCCAUUGAUGUUCUUUUUCCUUUGCUGUUUUGUUUAUUUAUGUAUUUAUUUAUUUUAUUAAUUGUUUUACUUUUGUUAUUUAUCUUUUUUAUUAUUUUAUUUCACAUUUUAUUAAAAAACACAUCCUUAAAUUUAAGAACUUGUUUUGCUUUGUUCUUUUUUAUAGUUGAGACAAGGCCAAUAAGUAUUUGAAAGUGCAUAACUAAAAUGAUCAUAACUUCCUCAGAGCUCUAAUAAAACUAAAUAUUUUAAUACAGCUUCAGAACGAACCGACUAACUAGAUUCGUGGAAGUUGUUAGAAAGCCAAUGCUAUGAAUCGAGUUUCAGUUUCACAUUGGUACAAUAAAACUGUUAGUUAUCAAACAGUAAGUGUUUAUGAAACUACAACUUUAAGUCCAAUUGGUUUUGGACAAACCAAAAAAAAAAAUAAUGGUUAGAUAAAACUUGUUGUGAAACUACUGAAUAAAUUUCUGGUAGAGGUUCUGAAAAACCUUUCAGCAGCACUGCUGCUCUCUAGCAAUGUCUGACACUAUUCAAGCGGAACUUCAUGAGAAAUUGAUUGAGUAAAUUUAAAAAAGAUCCUUGAACGGGUAUCCGUAGUAUUUUUUAUUAACUUGCUGACCUCUUGAGGGCACAUUCUGACGAAUUUUAUUGAAAAUUUCCGAUAAGCGAAAUACCUUGGUAGCAAACAGUAUGGCAGAAAAUUAAAGGAGUUAAAGAGUGGUUGCGUUCAUCCGACGACAUGGAACUGGGUGAGUUCAUACCGAGUUUUUUUUUCUUUACAUACUAGAAGAACUUGGGGAAAUUUCGCCAAUGCGUUUUCAUGAGGACUCCUGGAGUCUAUAAUAUCUGCAAAUUAAACUUGUAGUUCUGGUACAGGCCUAAUAUUGAAGCGAUAAAAAUGUUAGAAGAAAGUGAUUGCAGUUCGCAACAAUCAUUGAGCAAAUUUAAAAUAAUUGGCUUAAUUACCUCAACGGCUGUCGAUCACAGGUAACACAUGGGACUACUCUUAAUAAAAUACAUAAUUCGAAAAUAGCUAUCUAAGCUUGAAAGUUUAUUCUCCGUAUACUCUUAGUUCAAUACUGUGGGAAACGCGCGACUAUUUCCGUGAGUCAGUCGGUUUUCUCGGUAGGGAGUUGGGGACGCGAAUAUUGAAUGCGAAAUCAGAAGCGCGCGAUAACCUUCGUUGGGAAGUCGGUUUUCACGGUAGUGUAAACGAUCAAUGCGGUGACACGUUUAAUAUUGAACGAUCGUUGGCGUAUGUGCAUUACCCUUACUAUCGCGACCAAGUAAAUCAUAAUCGGGAUGAAGGCCGUGUCGUGUAUUUUCAUAUAACUAGUGGAUCAUAUUACCUACCAAAGGUGGCUCCAAGAUCCACACCUUACCCUACCCUACUAACAAAUAGUCCUUCUCGAAACAACUGUGGGGAUGCUGUCGAUUCCACGGUUUCUAGUAACAACGGUUGUCGAACUAACAUUCCUUCCCCUUUCCCGAUGACCGUAAGGACGUGGCCGGCGCCGUUAUUGACUUUAAAAUAUUGAACUCUCGAAUUGUGCACAUUGGGAGUGUGUAGCUAGUUCCAAGCACCAUUCAUUGGAUCUCUGUGCAACUUCGAUUGUUCUGGUCAAUCACGGAGUAGCAACUACGAUGUGUACGGUUGUCUUUGCUUUUGCUUUUUUGCCUUGGAACAUUGGAAGCAUUUCUUGCAAGUUUGUUUAAGACACAUGUAAUGGAAAUUCUGUGCUCAAAUUUGGUUGAAACUUUGAAGAAUAUUAAAAACUUUCGGAAACAUAUAAGUUUUAUAGACACUACUUGUAACCUUUCAAAAACUUUUUGAACACUAGACAUUAAAGGACUGAAUCCUGCCGAAUUCUGUAUUCUAAACGAAAUUCAUAUAUAAUAUCCCCCAGAAAACAGAAAGAGCAACAAAUUAAGCAUAAAUUUACUGACUUUCUAAACUUACUUUCUAAAAUGAUUUCGUAAUUUCGUGACAAAUUCCCUUUUUAAAAUUUCCGAACAAAGCAAUUUAUCAAAAAAAAAACAGGUUACCAUUUUUGUAGAUUCUAUCAUUUUAUCGUCUAUUGUAAUUGUGGGCUUCGUGGCCGUGCGGUUAGAGCCGUCAGUCGUAUGACCGUUUCGUAAGCGUCGGAGUGUGGGUUCUAUUCCCGCUCCAGUCGGUGAAAACUUUUCAUCAAACGGAAAAUUCUCCACUUGACCACUGGGUGUUUCGUAUGUUGUCCGUUGUUUCAUGUUUGUGAUUGGUUUAGUCUGUGCAACCUUUAGUUGAAGACGGUGUAAUGUCUUUAAAAAAAAACUAAAUGCAAUAUUUAGGCACUCUCCACACGUUAGUUAACAAUAAAAAAUCAAAGAUUUUGAAGGUCUCUUUCUGAUUCUUGGAAAUAAUUUCGAGAAUUUUCUAAUGUAUUGGACAUUUUCAAUAAUUUUUAAAACCACUAAUAAACUUGUGCAUGAACUGUCUCAUAAUAACCAUCUUGAAAUAUUACCAAGGAAGGGUGUCUGGUCAACUAUGAAAAAACCCCUGAUUUUUCCAGUUUUUUCGGUUAUUAGGAAAUAUUUCCAGGUCUGCUCUGAAUUCAUUAAAUCAUGCAGAAUUCCAAAUUAUUCAGUUCAUCUGAAUUUACAAAUGUUUAUUUGGAAAUGUUACUGCAAAGAUUUUGAGAAAGCUUCCAAAAUGUAUUCAAGCGGAAUUCCUGAAUGAGUUAUGAUGAUUUUAUUUAAUAAAGCUCAGGACCAAAACCUAAAAGAUCUUUAAUGAGAAGGGUUUGGAAGAAUUCUGCGUAUAAUUCAGUGAAUGUCUAUGAAGAAAUUAAAAUAGCUUCCAGGUGAAACAAAAAACAAGGAAAAAUAAAAAUAAAGAUCAUGGUCUUGAAAGAAAGUAUUGAAAGUUGAAAUUUCUGGCAAAAAUUGCCACGAAUUAUCUGCGACGUUCUAUGAAAAAUUACAAUGCCUCUUUUUAGUAAACAAAAACUAUAUGACGAUCUUAAAUUUUACCUUUUUGAGGAUCGACAUAUAUUUUUUAUAUUUUUUACCUAUCUAAAUUAUUGUUUUCACGAAGUCUAUCACAAAAGCUAUCAAGUUAUUUUUUAAAUAUCUCAAUAAAACCCUUUUUUUAUCUUUUUUUUUUUGCUGAAAGUUUUCCAAAGGCACUGCCAAUAAAUCUCACAGAAGUUUUACUUAUAAUUCUACUGAAAAAUAGAUUUGCAAAAAGAUGCCUUCAGAAUGCCACCAAAAAACUUUUUUUUUUAAAGUCACUAAAAGCCAAGAAUACCUACACAUUUUUUUUUACAUUCUUUCACAGAUCCCUCUGAGAGCAGACUUACUCCUAAAAUGACUGCCCGAUAUUUUUUUGGUGACAUGAGAACAGUAGAAUUAUUUCAGUAAUUUCAGUAGUCAAUUUUACAGACGCUCAAUACUAGCAACUAUCAAAAACCUUUUAUUUUUACUGAAAGAGUUUAGUAGUCAGUUGUACUUUUUUUUCCCUGAUUCAGGCAAAAACACAAGCUUUCACUAGAAUGUGGUCAGUAUUUUGUUGGAAUCGGCUACAAACAUCACCAGUAAUGAACUUUCAUACAUAUUUUUUUUUUUGUAAUUGAGUACUUACUCCAAUUAGAAAUUUGUCUAGAAAAUUUCAACAAUGCCAAAACAUUAAGAAAUAACGGCUGGAGCAUAAUCUGGAGCUUGUUCAGCUCUGCUAGAGAUUUUUUUUAGAAUUUCUGCUAAAAGAGACAGGCUAAUCAACCCUCCAGAAAAUCUAUCGCCAAGAAUCUAGGAAUUCCGUUUACAAAACAAUCGGAUAUUUCUUAAGAAAUGUUUCAAAUCCCUGAAGAAACCUUAGAAAAAACACCGAAAAGUUAGAUUUUAUAUUCAACAAAAAAGCGUACAUCUAAAAAGAACUCUACCAGAAGUAUAUUUUAAUCUUCUGUUAGAUACCCCCCAAUGAUCUCUCAAUAUCGCCUCAAGCAGUUUUGCAAGAAUUUUACACAAAGAAUGGCAUGAUGUUUAACCCUGAAAGGGAUACCUGGGGUCCAUUGGACCCCAGGCGCCUUUCAGAGCUCGUCUUUGAUGGAACACACUCAGCGAGGUGACGAAACGGAGGCCAUGAAGGUAUCCCUUUUCCUGGAACAUUUUUACUAAAUAAGAAAACAAACAGAAAACACUGCCUUACAGUAACAUUAUUCCAUCAGACUUCCUAUAGGAGUAGCGCAGAAAUUUAAAAAAUUAAGGUUUAUCAGUUUUUCUAAAAAAUCUUAUGUAAAACUUGAAUUCGAACCUAAAUUAAUACUAUCUUUCCUAAGUUCAUAUUCUCAAAAAAACAUUAUGUAGGAUCAUCGUGUCCUACAUCGUGUCUUAUUCGGAAACAAAGUGAUUACGGUACCGAUUGAUUCCGUUUGUUAUCAUUCGUGAUCACUUUUAACAAAAAAAAAACAAAAUAAACAGCGAUUCAUUUCUUCGUUUUGAGUAAGAUGAAAAUGGGAGCGCACUUGCUCGUAAGGGAACAGAUACCCAACUAUUUUUAUUUUCCACCACGAGUUUUAUGUAAUAGUACUAUUCAUUUGCGAGAUUUCUGUGGAAACAUAUUUGAAAUAUAGACUGUUUCAGAAAUUAUAAAUACACUUUGUUUAUUAAAUUAAAUUAACUGUUCUAAUGAUUUUUACCAACUUCUUUCAGAGUAUAGCAUAUUGUACUCCAUAUUUCUAUACAUCCUUUCAAUUGUCUUGAUAUUUUGAGGAACAGUCGAGCUCUCUAACAAAUAACUUAAUUUUUCAAAUUUGCAUUUGCACAAAGGUGUUUUUUUAAUUAUUAUUAUUAUUUAUUCAUUAAAGAGGUUUUAACAAAUAGUCAUUCGCCUCCGUUGUUUUUUUAAUGAUUUCAACAUUAUUUAUCACUAAAUACCAAAAAUUAUCUAAAUUUUUAUCACAUUCGCAUUCUGAACAAGUUGUCUAAGGAAUGCCUUGAUCGAAAUUUGGGAAAAAUCGAUACAGGGAUUUCCAAAACAUUUUUUUUUUUCGGAGAUCAAGUUUCUUAUUUUUUAAGGUUUUCUACGGAACAUAAGAACUACCUCACAGUUUCUUAGCUUUCCUAAACGCAUUUAAAAUAAACAAACUUAUUUUUUCAGCUCAUUCGAUCCUUCAAAUGGCAAAGCUUGUCAUACCAUAAAAACGAAUGCAGUAAGCAGUAAUUAAGACAUUCGUUUGCUUAACGUUUUGUAACCUGUCAUCUAGGUUCCAAUAUUGUAAAUAAUUAAACUGUAAAUAUUUUGUAAAUAGAAAAUGAAUUCGUGGAUAUUUAAAAUAGAAUAUUGAAUUAAAUAAAAAUGGAUUAAAUAAUUUAGAUAUAAAAUUCCUUUUUCUUUUCCCGCUCCUUUUCCCUUGGUGUCAGAUGUCCUUUACAACCCUAUUAUAUUUUGAAUUCAAAUUCAUUCCACUCCAUGCAAUACCCCCUGACACCAAACGACCAUCUUUCAACGGCUGAUCUAGUUGUAAAACUGCCCGUUGAUGUGGAGGCUGAUUUCAACCACGAACAUCAGCUACAAUAAAACCCGCCUGAGAUUUGGUUCAGGUCUCUUUUUGGUAACAGAAUUUACCCAAGUAUAUUGUAGUCCGCGAUUUUACCUAUAUUCCCACUAUAGUAACAGAAUUCUCGUGUGAUCGACCAUCCAACAAAUUUCCGUGUGGUGAACGAAACCCGCCAGUGAAAGUGACCGUUCGACCGUUGAAGAUUGUGCCACGUGGGUGUGAGUCGACCGCGAACCGAGUGGGUGCAGACUACCAGUGAAGAGAGCAGGAAACCAACGAACGAGCGUCCCGACGCCAAUUAGAAGGACGUCUCCGACGCUGGUGAGCCAUCCAAGAUUGGACGAACCAGGCACGCGCCAAACCGAGCCUACUGCGAGCGUCGAAGCACGGCGUCUACCCAACCCCGAGUCCCGUGGAAACCGGGAAGCCCGAGUAAAAAGGUGUGUCGGUUCUAAUUUUUCCCUUUUCACAAACCUCCCUCGAAUAAAAGCUUCAUUAUUUAAUUUCAUUGAAUUAAAGUAUCAGUAUUGAAUUUAUUUGAAUUAGAUCAUUUUUUAUUUAACCACGUUCCCUUAUUCGCUUUCUGCAAUUUGAUUAUCCGACCGGUGCCAAAAGGUGGGAAGUGAGUCUACCACCAUUUCAACGACCCUGAGAUCCAGGUCACCACAAGAGGCCUUGAGUGCACACCCCGGAAGCAGCCGUCGGCUAAAGACCAGCAGCUUGGGGCUUUGGCAGGUUCCCGUCUGGGGCCGAGCAGAAAAAAGACCUGGAUCAAAGAGAAUCGUAUCAAUUGGCGCCCAACGAUAAAAAUAGAAAAAAAUCUACUUUGAAUUAGAUUUUUUUAAAUGUGCUCCGGGAGGAAUUGAAUUUUUGUAAAAAUCUCAAUUGAAUUAGUUUUUCCAACCAAAUUUCUGAAUUUUUCUUUAUCUUGUAUAUAUUUCCCUUUCUUUAGGUUCUAAGUUGUUUAAAUUAAGAAGUAAUAAGUGAAGUGCGGUUUAUUGGUGAAUUUGAUGGUUAUUCAUAGUGCAAAGUAAUUUCUUUUCGGGUGAUGAUAAGACAUUCUCGUACUGGUUUUGUCAACCACGUGUAAGACAAAUUAGAAUCCUUUGUUAAUUAAUACAAUAGAUCAAACCUAGGCAACUCUUCAAAUUCUUCGUCGUUUUCUCAACGCUUUGUUUCAAUUAGAAUAAUAAAUUUGGUGACCGCGUGGAUUCCUCUGUACGAUGGCGCAAACGAAAAUCACCUUCGAUCAAGCCGUUGAGAUGAUGUUAGGGUGGUACCACCAUAUGCGCGUGGAUCAUUUGUUAGAAGAUGAGCUACUUUUUGAAAUUGAAAUACGGUUGAUUGUCAUUCGCGAUGAUCCAUCGUUUUCCCAAAGGCGAAGAAGCCUUAGAUUGAACUUGAAGGCAGAGAAAGAACAGCAGAAAGUUUUAGAUGUUACGUUAGAUGCAGAAAAGGUUGAAGAUAUUGGGUUGUGUGACCAUAAAUAUCAGCAAAUUUGUGAGAUUUUGAGGCGAGGGGUAAUCAGUUCAAAGGACAAGUGCAAAGCUAGGCUCCUACAUCUUAGUCAUAGAAUAUUCCAGAUGGUGAAAAAUUGUGAUCCAACUGUUGAACUUGCACAACGUUUGCGUGAUUUACUGGUAAGGUGUGUCACCCUAUUGCGAGAUUGGUUUUACACCCAGUCUACUGCACCAGCUGAGGAAGAGAAUGAAACGGCUUUACCGCUGGGAGAUCUGUUUGCAAUCAAACCCGCACAGCCUCAGCUCGAUGAUGUGCAAAGCGAGCUAGGUGAUUUUUUGAACAAUGCUCCAACCGACGGUGCAUAUGAUCGAAAUUUAAUUCUAUCACUUCAAGCACGCAUUCGACGGCUCGAAGAUGAGUUGGCUUUGCGUGAUGAACAAAGGGAAUUUUCGAAGCAGACAGUGACCGUUGGCGAUAGUAUGCAGAAUAAUCAUCCAACUUUUGCACCACAUCUGGGGGCGGGGGGAAAUCGAAUCGUGACAGAUCACACCGCGAGCGCGAAACCGUAUACCGUUCCUCACAGUGACGUCCCAAAUUUAGCAAACCCAUAUCCUGCAUACACUUCUCAGAUUAGUACCUUUAAUCAAAUUCAACCCAACAGUAGCGUCCCAAAUUAUUUCAACAAUUUACUGCCGCCAUCGCAAAGCUGGUUUCACCCAAUUCCACAAAGCAUUCCGCCAGUGGGUAACAAUAACGCUGUACCAAACCCCACGGCCUGGCCCGUAAAUUCUGUUCCAGCAUUAAACCCAGCUAGAACUUCUUUAUCCGGCCAAUCAUCACAUCGAACUUUGCCAGUCUCUCGAUGGACACUGACAAAAUAUGAUGGAGAAGAUCAGGGUCUGAAAUUGAACGAAUUUCUGGAGGUAGUUCAAGCAUUGUCUUUGGCAGAACACGUGUCAGAGGCUGAGCUUUUUGAAUCAGCCGUCCAUCUUUUUACCGGCCAUGCACUGAAAUGGUACAUGACCAUGCGCACUACAGGGCGACUACUAAAUUGGCAACAUUUAGUAAUGGAGAUUAAGCGCACUUUCAUGCAUCCGGACUUAGAUCCUUUAAUUAAAAUGAAAAUAUACCAGCGACGUCAACAGCGUAACGAAUCAUUUAAUGAAUUUUAUUACGAAAUGGAGCGACUCUUCCGCACCAUGAGUAAUCAAAUUCCCGAUUAUGAGAAGAUGCAAAUAUUGUUGCAAAAUAUUCGCAUCGACUAUAAAAAGCAGCUUACAUUCCUGCCUAUCAACGAUUUAGCUACACUCGUAGCUGCAGGACAAAAAGUAGACGCGUUAAAUUUCUCAGCGUACAAUAAAGUUUUCGGGACAGAAAAACAGACCAAUGCUGUCACUGUGAGCGAACCCAAACCUAAAGCAAAGAAAGCAGAACCACCAAAUAUCCAAACCCAACCGUCUCAAUCGAACAAUAGAAAUCGGAACAAACCCCCUAUUACUCAAACCGAAACUGCUGCACCCAACACGUCGCGCGCGCAGCACCAAGCGAAUUCGUUCAAAAAUCAACCGAAUCGACUCCCCACUCUUACAGCUCUAAUCGAUUCUCAUUGCCCGCCACCACCCAACCAUUGCUUUAAUUGCGGCGCAUAUGGUCAUCGUUUUAACGCGUGUAGGCUUCCCCGAGGUGUUCUCUGUGAAAAUUGUGGCUUUAGAGGAUACCCAACCAACAACUGUCCGUACUGUAUAAAAAACGAGAUGUCAGCGAGAGAAAACCGCGGCUCGCUGCACCACUAAUCGCGU